AGGGUUGUCAUUUGGGGUCUAAUAUCUUUCUUGUUUCUUUGUGGAGCCAUGUACCUUGGACUUCUAAUUUUUUUUUUUUCCAGUCUAUACUUCCCUUAUGUUUAUAUUGUUCUGAAUUAUAAUGUUUUGAUUGAUAAAAGUUGCAUGUAUGAUUACUUUUACGCAAUCGUAUAGAUGGGAGAUUCACAAGGGAAUGGUAAAAGAAAAGAUUACAAAACUUGGAAUGCUGAAGAGAGCAAUGUUUUGCUUCAACUUAUGGUUGAAGGCGCCAAACUUGGAUUGCGUGAUAUUAAUGGUGUGAUAAGCAAACAAACAGUAGAGGCGAAGCUACUUCCUAAACUGAAGGAAAAACUUGGUUGUGAAAUAAGUUUUAGUCAUUACCAAAGUAGAGUGAAAUGGUUUAAGAAACAAUACACCAAUUACUCUCAACUUAUGCGUCAUAGUUCUGGAUUUGGGUGGGAUCCGAUCACAAAGAGAUUCACUGCUGAUGAUGAAGUAUGGGCAGAUUAUUUGAAGUCACAUCCAACGCAUGGGCACUUUCGGUCAGAAACUUUUCCAGACUAUGAGGACUUGAAAAUUGCAGUUGGAAAUGGAACUCGGAAGAAAACGGACCUUGGGGAAUUGAUGGAUUAG